UUUGGAGUAACAACUCGUGGGCAAUAGACCCAAUCAACAAGUUGAUUGGACCAUAAAGGAUUUAACAAAAAAAAUAUAUUUUUUUUUAUAAAAAAUACACAAAAACUAACUAAUUUAUUAAGAGUCAUAAAAGUUUAAUACAAAAUGGCUGACAAAGACAACAUGACACAACAAGGUCAAGUUUUUGACUCGAACGCCAUGACCUUAACACGUUUCGUGUUACAGGAACAGCGUAAAUUCAAAAAUGCCACCGGUGAUUUGUCACAAUUGUUGAAUUGUAUUCAAACCUCGAUUAAGGCUAUUGCUUCGGCGGUACGCAAGGCUGGUAUUGCCAAAUUGCACGGUAUUGCCGGUGAUGUGAAUGUACAAGGUGAAGAAGUUAAGAAAUUGGAUGUUUUGUCCAAUGAAUUGUUCAUCAACAUGUUGAAAUCUUCAUAUACCACUUGUCUGAUGGUGUCCGAGGAAAAUGAACACUGCAUCGAGGUGGAGGUUGAGAAACAGGGCAAAUACAUUGUUUGCUUUGAUCCUUUGGAUGGUUCUUCCAACAUUGAUUGUUUGGUAUCUAUUGGCUCAAUCUUUUCCAUUUACCGCAAACAAACCGAAGGCGUACCCUGUGUACAAGAUGCUUUGCAGCCUGGUAAUCAAAUUGUAGCUGCCGGUUAUGCUUUGUAUGGCUCAGCUACCGCUAUUGUCUUGGCUUUGGGCAAGGGAUGCGGUGUCAAUGGAUUCACCUAUGAUCCUUCUAUUGGUGAAUUUAUCUUGACUGAACCCAAUAUGCGUGUACCCGAGAAGGGAAAAAUUUAUGCCAUCAAUGAGGGUUAUGCUGCCGACUGGGAGGCUGGUGUUUUCAAUUAUGUUGCUGCCAAAAAGGAUCCCUCUAAGGGUAAACCCUAUGGCGCCCGUUAUGUCGGCUCUAUGGUAGCUGAUGUUCAUCGUACUAUUAAGUACGGUGGCAUCUUCAUCUACCCCGCCACCAAAUCUGCCCCAAAUGGCAAAUUGCGUUUGUUGUACGAGUGCAAUCCCAUGGCCUAUUUGAUGACUGAGGCCGGUGGUUUGGCCAGCAAUGGCAAGAUUCCUAUUUUGGAUAUUGUGCCACAAAAGAUCCAUGAAAGAUGUCCCAUUUUCUUGGGCUCCAAAUUGGAUGUUGAAGAGGCUUUAGAUUAUUAUCAAAAAGCAUAAUUUAGUCGGACAACAAUUCUCUCCUAUUGUGAUUAGUUUUUAAGUUAUGUUUUUUAUUUUUUAUUUAAAUGUGUUUUUUUGUUUAAUUCUAAUGAUUUUUUUUAAACGUUUUCUAUACUGAAAAUAUAUUAAAAAAAAUAAAACCAAAAUUUUUUCCAAAAAAA